CUUUGCCGCAAUCAGUUAUAUUAGGGUUUUCAGCCUGGGCUGGAACCCUAGCCUUGAGACACGUAAGCAGAUUGCUUAGCACAGGACAGCUCUGCUCAGAGAAGAGGAUCUUCAAUAAAUGGCGCCUCUUACUACAGAGCCUUGAGCAUAGGACACCGCGUUGCUCAAAUGCAGCAUGAGUGCAGCAUUGACUCCUGCAUCUGAAGGCAUGAUGGGCGGCACAAGGAAGUUUGAGAAUGUGAGAAGUUGCGUCCUUUUUGUCUAGCUGCAGAGACAGGGCCCUGAAAUGUAGGCCAGUCCAGCUGCCCAGCUAAGAGGCAAUUUGAAAGAUAGUGAAUUCGGACAGAUUGUGAAUGCUGGCACGAGCUUGUGAUUAUGCAACAUUGCCAUGUAGCUUACAGCCAGUCUUAGCGGAAUGCACUGGCUUCUCAAACAACCUCUCACAGCUGGGCGGGAGCUGGCCUCAUGCAUUUGUGGUCGAUCAAGGAUGGAGGGCAGCGUUUGUGAGCUUCUUUUGGCUCUGACCAGGGUACAAGGCAAAGAAGGAUGUAGCACUUCCCCGAAACGUAGCACUUCCGGAGCAACGGAGGCCAUUACGCUGCCGUACGGGUGUCCGGAAGAAAGGGGCCAUGAACACUUUCGUGCGAGCCGCGGAGAUAGUAACGACCCUUCAAUUCCCCCGCAUGAUGAUCGUGGCUUGUGGGGAAGAACCUUUAGUCACGCUUGAAAUUAAGCUAGUGAGCUCGUAGCUAGCAAGUUGGUCAGCCAGAUCUAUGGUGAACCAUCUUUAUUUACGCCUCACCUUGUCAUGCAUAGGACAGCCUCGUGUCUAAGUAACUGCAAGCCUAGACCACUGGCCGAACAUACGUACAUGUCACUGAGCUCGAUCAAACUUGGCCCUGGACGUGAUAUCGUUUAGGUGCUCGUUCAUCGAGACCUCUUUUUCAUGUAGCAAUUGCCAUGGUUGUACGUAGUAUUCAAGUCAAGCCUGUGAUGGGCUUUCAAGUUUUGACAGUCUAUACUAAUUGCUAGCUGUUCAGUAUCAGUGCAGAUCGAUCUCGGAUCUCCUCAUUAUUCAUCACCUAG